GCUGCGGCGGAGGAAGAAGGCUUGUUUUUGAAAAUAUUGGCGCUUGUCGUGCUAGCUAUGAACGGCUAUCGCUAUGUUUGAGCUUGUCUAGCGAUUUUAUUUUCCCCCAAUGCGAGCUACUUGUGUCUCAUGAGAGAGCGUUACCGUUAUUACAUGAAAUGAGAGAUAACCGUUACUGACAAAAAGCAACACCUAAGUUACUGCAGAGGGGCCACAAUGGCAAGUGACGUGUGCAGCCAUGUGAAGGUGGUUGUUCGGGUGAGGCCAACCACGGAGAACGAGAAGCGAGAAAACUGUCGAAAUGUGGUCCAGGUUGUUGAUAACCACAUGCUCAUAUUUGACCCCAAAGAAGAGGACGCAUCGUGUUUUGGGGCACAAAGAGUGCGAAACAGAAACAGAAACAUCAACAAGAGGGCUAACAAGGACCUCAAGUUUGUUUUUGACCAUGUCUUUGGCGAGAACUCUACUCAAGUUGACAUCUUUGAGAGCACCACUAAAGGAGUGUUGGAUGGUGUGAUGAAUGGAUUCAACUGCACAGUGUUUGCCUAUGGUGCUACUGGAGCAGGCAAGACGCAUACUAUGUUAGGGUCGCAAAAUGACCCUGGAGUCAUGUACCGCACCAUGAAAGAGCUGUUUAAACGCAUGGAUGACGCCAAGGAGGAAAAAGAGUUUGCUGUUGCAUUCUCAUAUCUUGAGGUUUACAAUGAACAGAUCAGAGACUUGUUGGCAAAUGCAGGGCCUCUUGCAGUCAGAGAGGACAGCUCUAAAGGAGUGGUUGUUCAGGGACUAACACUACAUCAGCCCAAAUCUGCAGAGCACAUUCUUGAUGCUUUGGAUUCUGGCAAUCGCAACAGGACGCAGCACCCUACUGACAUGAAUGCCACCUCUUCCCGGUCCCAUGCUGUGUUUCAGAUCUAUUUAAGACAGCAAGACAAAACCGCCAGUCUGAAUCCUAAUGCCUGCGUUGCCAAAAUGAGCCUGAUUGAUCUGGCAGGCUCAGAGAGGGCCAGCGCCACCAACGCCAAAGGGGCGCGUCUGCGGGAAGGUGCUAACAUCAAUCGUUCACUACUUGCCCUGGGAAAUGUCAUCAAUGCUCUUGCUGACCCAAAGAGUAAGAAAACUCAUAUACCGUACAGGGACAGCAAGCUGACGCGGUUACUUAAAGACUCCUUGGGGGGUAACUGCAGGACUGUCAUGAUUGCCAAUGUUGGCCCCUCAUCCAAGUCAUAUGACGACACUCACAACACACUGAAGUACGCCAACAGGGCCAAGGAGAUUAAAUCCUCGCUGAAGAGUAAUGUUGUAAGCCUGGACAGUCACAUUGGCCAGUAUGCAGUGAUAUGUGAGAAGCAACGGCAAGAGAUUCUACAGUUGAAGAAGAAACUAAAAGAAUAUGAGGAGAAGAGCAUGGCGCCUGGGGCUUCUAACAUGAUCUCUUCACAGAAACAAGCAGAGUUCCAAAGGGUGUCAGGAACUCUGCAGCAAAUCUUCACGGGCCGGGCCCAAAUCAGGAAAGAACAGCUGGAUCUGGAGAGACAACUGAAGGAGAAUGAGCUGCGCCAGCGGUACAGUGAGGAGGACAACCUGCAGGUCCAAUAUUUCUGUGCCAAAGAAAAGACUGAGAAGGCCACUUGUAAGCAUGAGCGGAAGAUUGCCAGCUUACGCACCCAGCAGCAACACAUUCGCAAACGUUUGAAGGAGGCAGAAACACGGUUCCUGGACAAUGACGGCUGGCUGCAUCGUGUCGAGAAUGAGAUUAAGCUGCUGAAGUCAAAUGAUCAGACCUCAGAGGUGUUAGAUAAGGGCCUGCAUUGCCACAGACUAGAGCUGCAGGUUAAUGAUCUCAAACAACACAUCAAGCAGAUGGUCGAGCUCACCGCACUGCAGGACCAGGAGAACAAGCGUAUGCAGAAAAUGGUGAACAUCUUGUUGCCAGCUUAUAGUCGUCACUACUCUGCGUUGCGGGUGGCUGGGCAGGUCUCAGCUGCGGACGAGACGGAGAACCAUGAACUGGAGAACCUUGUGCUGAGGGAAAGAGGCGUGGUCUGGGCAGACCAGGAAGAGGUGGGGCAGCAGCUGAAAGGUGGAGGGAUUGGAGCGGAGUCCCGGGAGAUAAAUGAGCUGGCACCUGUCCUGUCUUUCUCACAUCUGUUAUACCACCAGAAUAGUCCCUGCAGUGCAGAUAAGCGUUCAAGAAGAGCAUCACUGUGCAAUGCUGCUCCAUCACCAAAAGGUGGAGGAAAACAGACUGAUAUAAAACAGGAAGCACAUCCCAAAAUGCCAAUCAGGAGGAAUCUGUCUGCAUCGCUGCCACCACAAAGCCCCCGGAGCGGCGCCAAGGCCCAAGUGUUUGAGGAGGGCAUGUUCCCACUCCAGUGCACACCAGAACCUUCUCAAAAAACUGUCCAGGCCCUCUCUCAGACCAUGGAUCCAAACAUGACAUUUGAAGUUCUGGACAAUGAUGAUCAAACUGCAAGUAAUUCAACCAUAAUAAUAAGCGGUGGCAGUUCGUCUCAAGCAACAAGGCCAAUGGACUUCUCAGGUCCCAGCCAACUACUCCAUCCUCCCAAGGCCAACGCAGGGAACCAGAUUCCUGCCAAAAGACAACAGAUCCUGUCUUUACAAGAAGUGAGACGAGCCAACCCGACCUACAUGCAACUGACGUCUGCUGCACAAGGGAAGCGCAAAGUUAACUGCAGCAUGCAAGAAGACUUCUCUGCACCGAAGCGCAUAAAGAAAGAACCCUCAGUGGCCCGCAAACCACUCAGAGUGCAUCGUUUCGCUGGUUCAGAAGAGAACAGGCCUCGACGAGUCGUGAGGAGCAUUUCUGAAGGAAAUCUGCAUGAACCUCAGAAAUCCAGGUCCAUUUUCUAUAAAACAACCCAACAGUUAAAACGAGUGGCCAAACGGAUGUAAAGCAACAUCGUGUUUGAACCUCGACAUUUUGCCUCUAUGAAUAUUUUCACAGUUUCAAACCGUAUUCAUCUUUUUAAAAUAUUUUCUCAAAACAGAAGUUGAGUUCCAUUGUUUUAGGUUUCUCCAACAGAAAUUCAAUGAGACGACAUGUAAUAUAAAUUGCACUAUUUUAUUUGUCUUUGAUUAAGCCUCUCUGACUGUAUAUAUUGUAUAGGUAUUGGUUUUAUGUUUAGAAUAUUCUUUUGACCAUUUAAGGAUGAAAGAUGUUAUCAUUUCCAAGACGACUUAAACCACUCAUGUACACACUAACGACAAGAAAUAAAACAUGUCCUGUGGAUGUUCUGUGUUUUACGUACAUUAUGUACUUUAAACUAUUUAGAUGAUUGACCGCGUCCGUGAUCACAUUAACCAGGGCAGCUAGUGUCAGAGGACAUUAUACAUGACCUCACAUGGAAGUAGAGUGGCAAAAAAUAAUUAAUAUUGCUCUUCACAGAGCUGAUUUUUUAGCCUUUUUAUUCUCUUGUACAGUUAAUAACAUGGGGUUGUAGAUAUCUCAUAUUAAAAGUGCUUGUAGCAGAAUCUGUGGCUGUUUCUUAAUAAAUGAAUGCCUUCCUACAACGAA